UUUACCAGUUGACAUAUAGAGAGAGCUGAUCAGCACAAUGUUUGCGCCGAUACAGUUUGCGAGAGAAAAUAGUUUGCAAUCAUCGAUAAAAGUAAAGCAAAGAAGGACAAAAAGACGUCGACACAUCCCUCACUCUCAGUUACCAGAGGAAUUAGUCAACAGACGAAAUAGUAGAGAACGAGAGAGAAUACACGCCGUUAAUGAUGCGUUUGAAAAUCUGAGGAAUCAUAUACCUUAUUCUACGGAAUAUGAUAGAUGCUCAAAAGUCAAAAUUCUUACGGAUGCAAUGGUGUACAUAAAUAACCUCAGUGAUAUGGUGAACAAUUAUUCCGACGCAGAGAAACAAAGUUUGGAUUCAAGUGAACAGUUUAUACCGUGCAUUUGUAAUGGGGUUGAAUAUGAUGCCGUGAAUUGCGGGAAAUUGCGAGAUGUUUCAUCAGAACAAUUUAGUGCGACACAAGUGACAUCUAAUAUAAAUAAUAAAACUAGCCAUGAAAUCACUCAUUUCAAUGGAAGAGGAGACUAUUCUUAUAAAUCUAGACAUAACAAGGUGUGCACAGAAUCCAUAACGAACGGAUUUAACAAACACGACGAUGGAGAUCUGUCAACUACUCAUAAUGCCUGUAAGCAUAUGAAUUUGGACAACGUUUGUAGAAUUGGAUGUGCAGAACAAAAUGACAUAAAGACAUGCAACACAAAACACUUUUCUGGAAGGCCUGUUCUCAGAGAUAUAACUAACUUCUAUAACCGAGUUACUCAACAAGAAUACAGAAAUAGGAACUAUAGAUAUCAGAAUAUCGAAAGAGAGUAUGCACAACCUUCUCCUGUUAUUGGACAUUUUAAUUUGCAAGAAACAGAACUUUGCCACAAGGCAACUAAUUUCUUAGAAGAUCUUAUUCCACCCCUGAUGUAAAAGACGUGUAAAAUAUAAAGACUGUUUUUAGAACAAUAGUUUAGCAAACCUAAGCGAAUAGAUUGGAACACUGGUUCUUUACAUUUGGUUCGUACCAUACUAAAUUGUAUAGUAAUUUGACUAUAUCAUAUUAAAGUACAACUAAAUCGCACGUUUUCGAAAUUUUACAAUACCAUAUAUAAGUGAGACGAAAACGAAGAAAACAUAAUGUGUAUCAGUUACCAUGCACACUCAUACUGAGAUUGAACAUGUUAAGGGAGAUGUCUGACAUUAUUAUACAGUUCAAGGAAGUAUACACUUUUACAAUACACUUAUACACGUGAAUGUACUUAGAAUCAAUAGGGGAAGUGUCAUGACAGGUUUCAUUAUAACUAUUCAAUGUAUUUGAAUAUAAGGAAGUAUUACUUUUAUA